GAUGAGUGGAAACGAUGAUUACACUACUGCCAAGUCAGUUUAUGACUUUGUCGCGAAAAGUAUCAAAGGGGAGGAUAUCUCUUUGGAAAAAUACAAAGGCAACGUAUUGGUGAUUGUAAAUGUUGCUUCGAGAUGCGGCUAUACUUCAAAAAACUACAAGGAGUUAAAUGAGCUCUAUGAAAAAUAUGAAUCUCAAGGUUUAAGAAUCUUGGCGUUCCCGUGCAAUCAGUUUCGUGGACAAGAGCCUGGAGAUGCAGACAAAAUUUGUCAAUUUGCUGCGAAAAAAAACGUGAAGUUCGAUUUGUUUGAAAAAAUCAACGUGAACGGUAAAAAUGCCCAUCCUCUUUGGAAAUACCUUAAAAAGGAAGAGCCUCGCACUUUUGGCGAUUUAAUCAAGUGGAACUUUACCAAGUUUUUAAUCGACAAAAAUGGCAAGGUCGUUGAACGAUUCCCGUCUAGCACCAAUCCCCUAAAAAUGACCAAGGACAUCGAAAAGUAUUUAAAUGCUUAAGUUUCAUAGGUAUAUUAAUAAAAUAUCAGUUUUCGUAAGUUACACAUGUACCUUCAUGGCUCCUACGCUUUUCUCUAUUUUCAUACUAAAAAUCUUUUUUUUAUUUUAUGUAUCAAACUGUUAUUGUUUGUAAUUUUAAAU